AUGGUACAGAAAGACAACGAGUGUGGCAAGACGGUCGGAUGUUUCCAUGAUUGCUCGGGCGACACGUGUAGUUUUCUUCUCACGUGGAUAGAAAAGGGAAGUGACAUAGAAUUGACGCUAACAUGUGCGAGAAGCGAAACAGAUCCUUACUGUGCCAUAGGUCUUUCAGAUGACACGGAAAUGGGCGAUGACAGUGUGUUUGAAUGUCUCUCCACUAGUGGAACACCUAAUAUUUAUGUCUCGCACAAUCCGGGAAAAUAUAACGUGCGACUAGAUCAGAACCAGUACGGAUUGUCUGCUAUCAAUACAUCAUAUAGUAAUGGGCAGUUGAAAUGUUCGUUUUUGAGGCGUAAAACCUUCAAUACGGUAACAGGCCGCAAGAAACGUGCUGCUCCCAGUGCGAGUAACUUCUUCGACAUGGACACAGACUGGUAUUUACUGUAUGCGUAUGGAACAACAAACGCUGGAGGAGCUAUCGGCUAUCACACGUCACCACCACUUGUAUCCACGGCAAAAGCAGAUUUUCAAAGCACAGUCGACAUCGCUAUAAAACGACCACUUGUCAUAGCUAUUACCACUAAGACAGUACAGAAAGACAGCGAGUGCGGCAAGACGGUUGGAUGUUUUCACGAUUGCUCGGGCGACACGUGUAAUUUUCUUCUCACGUGGAUAGAAAAGGGAAGUGACAUAGAGCUGACGCUAACAUGUGCGAGAAGCGAGACAGAUCCUUACUGUGCCAUAGGUCUUUCAGAUGACACCAAAAUGGGCGAUGACAGUGUGUUUGAAUGUCUCUCCACUAGUGGCACAUCUAAUAUCUACGUUUCUCACAAUUCGGGGAAAAAUAACGUACGACUAGAUCAGAACCAGUACGGAUUGUCUGCUAUCAAUACAUCAUAUAGUAAUGGGCAGUUGAAAUGUUCGUUUUUGAGGCGUAAAACCUUCAAUACGGUAACAGGCCGCAAGAAACGUGCUGCUCCCAGUGCGAGUAACUUCUUCGACAUGGACACAGACUGGUAUUUACUGUAUGCGUAUGGAACAACAAACACUGGAGGCUUUAGCUUUCAGAGAGGUUUUGUGAACACAGUUGACAAACUUCUCCUGAGGCGCAUGUCACCUUCGCAGGACACUUGUCUCACGGCGGCCGACGGACAUAAAUACGACGGCCAUAAAUUAACAGAGUGGAAUUUUCAGGACUGUAGAAGUGCAACUAUAGUGUACA